UAGAGUAGACGACAUUGGUUUCACCGACUAAACGCGCCUCUCCCUUCGCAGUCUUGUUUCUGUCUGGAUCAGAUCGAACGCUCAGUAACUUUUGCUCUCUAUUUUCAGAUAAGAUCGCCAACCAUGGGUGCCAGAGUAGAGUUGUUGUGUUGGGGAUAUACCAAUUUGGGACAGCUCGGUCUGGGCGAUGUGGUUGAGAACAUAAUUGUUCAGCCGAGGACGUGUGAAUUCUUCAGCAGUAAAAGCGUGCAGGAGGUGGCCUGCGGAAGAUAUCACACGGCAUUCGUUUUGCAAGACGGAAGCGUCUAUACGUGCGGCUCAAACAACUGGGGACAGCUGGGUCACGAAAAGGAAGGAUACAGGCCAGAACAAGUGAGAGCACUGGACGCACAGACCAUUAAACAUACGGCUUGUGGCGAGUCCCAUACUCUGGCUGUCAACGAUCAUGGCCAGGUCUUUGCAUGGGGAGCAGGAAAAGAUGGACAGCUGGGAAUUGAUUCCAUGGAAGAAACAGUCAGAAAACCAAGGUUAGUAAAGUCAUUGAGUGGACAUGAGGUUACUCAAGUCACCUGUGGAAGCUGGCACUGCAUGGCUCUAACUAAAGAUGGGCAACUGUUUGCUUGGGGGCAGAACACUCACGGACAGCUGGGGCUCGGCCAAGGCAUAUCCUCCCAGUCCAACCCCCAGUGUUUGAAGACCUUAGUCGGGAUCCCUUUAGCGCAGAUCACGGCCGGAGGAGCCCACAGCUUUGCUCUGUCUCUUUCGGGGGCCGUGUUCAGCUGGGGAAGAAACCACUGUGGACAGCUGGGGCUGAGUGACGAGAAAGACCGAGAUGUUCCAUUUCAUGUGAAGUUCCUGAGGAGCCAAAAGAUCGUUCAUAUCAGUUGCGGGGAAGAGCACACAGCUGCUCUGACAAAGAGCGGAGGCGUUUUUACUUUCGGGUCUGGUCUUUGUGGGCAGCUGGGCCACAACUUCAUGAACAAUGAAGUCAACCCACGCAGAGUGCAGGAGCUGAUGGGCACUGAAGUCUCCCAGAUAAGCUGUGGCAGGCAACACACACUUGCUUUUGUUCCUUCUUCUGGGCUAAUCUAUGCAUUUGGACGUGGAAACAGAGGGCAGCUGGGAACUGGCCAUACAUUCAACGCUCAGGUCCCAUACAAAAUACCUGGAAACUGGGUCCCUUGCAAACAGAAGCUACCUCUGAACGCUGACCAAUCAAAAUAUUGUGUGCUGAAACAUAUCUGCAGUGGAGGAGAUCAGAACUUCGCAUUUUGCUUUCACUACAAGAAUUCAGAAGUGCCGGAUGACUUUCGGAGCGUGGAUCCUUCAGGAUGUGUCAGAACAAUUAACAAUAACAGCGUCAAGUGGACGUUGCACCUCGAAGGAAACAACGUACUUGAUGAAUUGAACAUGAUCUUCUCUUCCGUCGCCUGCUUCAAUGGAAGUUUUCUUGAUCACCAAAACGACGAACAUUUUAAAACUGGCCCGUGGAGCUCCGGUGUUGACCUUAUCGCCGCUCGAUUGUUUUUUGACAAGAUGGCAAAGACUGAGUACUCCAAGUUACUGCAGCAGGCUACUGUGACUUUGGAGAACCGUCUGAUCGCUCAGUUGCCGACUUCGCCGCCUGAUUUUGAGGCCAUGAGAGCAUUUUUAAUUCUGCCGGUGUUUCCGCUCUUUCAAGACCCAAAGAAUUACUUGACCUUAACUCUGCCGUUCGCCGCGGCUGUUCUGCGCUUGGACGCGAAUCCGAGCAAAGUGUUAGAUAAUUGGUGGUCGGAGGUGGACAUUGGGUACUUCUGCCGAUUAGUAGAAAUCUACAAGAACGCUGUGGUCUUCCUUUUGACCAGGAUGAAGACUCUCCAGCUGGCUCCUCUGCUUAGCCAUUAUGUAAUUUAUGCUCUUCGAGUUUUAGAAAAACUGUACAAGGUGAACAUGAACGCAAACCGUGUUGCCUACGAUGUGUUUUAUGUACAUGAACUCAAUAACCUGGUGAACAUUGAGACAGAUUAUCUCUACUGGGCGUCGCAGCAGGCUGGAGUCAAAAUUCAGCCGGCGAUUGCAGAGAUUCCCGUUGCAUUUUGCACUUACCCCUUUGUUUUGAAUGCUCGGGCAAAAACCAAAAUGUUGCAAACUGACGCCGCCUUACAGAUGCAGAUAGCGGUGAACCGGACUGGAGUGGAGAACAUCUUCAUGCUGCUCACACUGGGACCGUUCUUGACCAGCAGCCCCUUCCUGGUCCUGCAUGUGCAGCGGGACAACCUGGUCAGUGAUGCAUUGAGAGAGCUCAGCAUCCACUCGGACGUGGACCUGAAAAAGCCGCUGAAGGUGGUGUUUCUGGGAGAGGAAGCUGUGGAUGACGGCGGGGUGACGAAGGAGUUCUUCCUGUUGCUGCUGAAGGAGCUGCUGGACCCCAAGUACGGGAUGUUCACGCAAUACGAGCAAUCCAGGCUCAUAUGGUUUUCGGAAAAAACCUUUGUGGAGCAAAACUGGUUCCACCUGAUAGGUAUCCUGUGUGGUUUGGCCAUUUAUAACUUCACCGUGGUGGACUUGCACUUUCCGCUCGUACUGUACAAAAAGUUGCUCAACGUCAAGCCGUCUCUGGACGACCUGAAGGAACUCUCUCCCACCGAGGGCAGGAGUCUGCAGCAGUUACUUGAUCACCCUGACAAUGACGUGGAAGAUGCAUUCUGUCUAACCUUUGCGAUCUUUAGGGAAAAUUACGGAAUCAUUGAAUUACAGGAAUUGGUGCCCGGAGGUAAUAAGGUAGCUGUGAAGAAAGAGAAUCGGAAGGAGUACGUGGAAGCUUACGUGGACUUUAUCUUCAAUAACUCCAUCCGUGAGCUCUUCUUAGCUUUCUCCAGCGGGUUCCUGAAGGUCAGCGGAGGGAAGGUUCUGCACCUGUUCCAGCCCAGCGAGCUGAUGGCUAUGGUGGUGGGGAACACUAACUUCAACUGGAAAGAGCUGGAAAUGUCUGCGAUAUACAAAGGGGAGUACCAUGCUGCACAUCCCACCAUCAAGUUAUUCUGGGAAGUUCUCCAUCAGCUUCCCUUGGAAAAAAAGAAGCUGUUCCUUUUGUUUUUGACCGGGAGUGACCGUAUUCCGAUCUACGGGAUGGCAAGUAUACGGAUGAUGAUCCAGCCCACCUCGGGAGGAGAGCAGUACCUGCCGGUGGCUCACACGUGUUAUAACCUGCUGGAUCUCCCCAAGUACCAGAAUAAAGAAACAUUAAGGACAAAGCUCAUUCAGGCCAUAGACCAUCACGAAGGGUUCAGCUUAGUAUGAAAUAAACUCCUCUUUUUACACUGUGAAGAGAGAGGUUAAUUUGUUAAGCACUUUAUUGUUUUUAAAAGAAAUUGUUCUGUAACAUCCAGUCAAUGAUUGAAACAUUAAUCCGACCCCCCCCCCCACCCUUCCCACACACACACACUUUCGUUACUCACCCCCAGAUUUUACAACAUACAAGGGAGUUGUGCUUCAACAUGGCAGUAAAUAUUAGGACACAUAUCUAAUCACAAGAAGGAUUGGUGCGAAUAAGUCUGAUGGGCCACUUGAUCUUACUUUCAAUUCACCUCUAGUACCACAACAACUACUUGCAUUUAUAUAGUACCCUUAACGUGGGGUAGUGGUGUCUUUUCAAUCCAGUGUCCUGGCCUCAAAGCAACCUUCCUCGUAAAUCAUUCCAGCUGUUGAUUACCCUCUGUGCAAAAAAUAGCUUUUGCCCUAAAAUCGUCCCUCACAACCCAAACCUGUAUCCUCUUAAGGUGCUUUGAGACGCGAUAAGGCGCAAUAUGAAAUGCAAGGAUUAUUAUU